AUGGCUUCCAGAUUGCCCGUUGAAUGUCUGAGGAAGGUCUUUGAAGACAUUGUCACGACUGAUAUAAACCUUGAUCCUUUUUCUCGAAAGGAUGGAGUGGUCUAUUCAAAUCUAAAUCAUCUUUAUUCAUGUAUCUUGGUGAAUCGAACCUGGUGUGCAACAGCGAUGCCUUUGCUGUGGAAGGAUCCUUUGCAUUGGUUAUCCGUUAGGUACGAUGAAGUUGUGAAUCAACUACCCACGCCUUGGAAAGAACGUUUCCAAUUCUUCAUCCCAUUUACUUUCACGAGGUCCGAUAGACUACCAAUGCUCAUCUCAACUUACUUUAAAUGCUUGCCGGAAAAGAGCAGACGUAGCCUGAAAGCUAACAAGGCUUUCAAAGGUUCGGAAUUUAUAAUGGAUAUCAAACCAUACUUUGAUUAUCCCUUCUUUUUGGAAAGGUUGAACCUACCCAUUUUAGCAAAUGCCGUUUCGAUGUGGAACAGUCAGUAUCAAUCCGCUGAUGAACUUUUCGAUGAGGACACGGAUACGGAUGAGGAAGUACUGCCAGUAAGCGUCCUGGCAGAAAAACUCCUGAGGAUGUUCAUGGAAAGAAGCGGCAACCUAAAAUACCUUAGUCACAUGAAAUCAAACAUCUCCAUACAAUGUGCUGUUGAAAUUAAGAGUAACUUGGCAGUUUUCCCCGGCGCAAAAUUAACUUUAUCAAAGAUCACAUCGUUUCACUUUAACGCAACUUCCAUCAAGAAACCAGACAAAUAUUACCAGGCACUGGCACGUAUAUGUCAUUCUAUCGAAAACCUAGAAAUUCAUUUCCUCUGUAGCGAUAGUAAGGGAUUGGCCGCGCUGAUCGAGUCACAACGAAGAUUGUUGAGGCUCUUGAUUCACGGAGGAUCGGGAACAAGUUACUUUGGAAAUGAAUCCGGAAAUAUUGAAUAUCAACAUGUCGUCAAGGCGUUGGAAAAUAAAGUCAGCGAUCUCACUUAUCUAAAUUAUCAAUGUAAUGGCGGAAUUCCGUUGGGAACUUUCGCGUCUUGUAAAAAACUGGAGCGUUUGUUACUACAUACACUUUAUUACCUUUGUUCCGAUAGUUUCGUCAAGUCAGAGUUUCCACACUUAAAAUCCUUAUUCAUUGAAGAUGGUUCGUUCUUGAUUAAUCACCAGAUCAGGAUUAUUCAAAACUCUGGUGGUUCGAUAACGGAGAUCGUAAAUUGCAUGAGUGAACCAAGGGAUCCGGACAAUUUGACGAGCUUCUACGAGACCGUCAUGGGGUUUUGUCCGAAUAUAAUUAAUUUCGAGUAUUACAUAAGCAAGAAUCAAUUUUCACUGAUACCCAAUCUGUUCAAAAAGUGUAACAAGCUUCAAAAGGUGAUCUUUCAUUCCGCGAGCUUACCAAGUGACACCGCCGAAAUCAAUGACAUUUUGAAGAGGAUGGGAGAAGUAAUUCCCGAGAAACUACAAAAGAUCGAAAUUCCAUGGCAUUUCACAUUUUCUGCGGCUUCUUUGGAAUCCUUCUUGCGGGGCUGUCACAAAAGGUUGAAGGAACCUUUACGUUUUAAGGCUUGCAUUCCCACCGAAGAACAUCGAGAUAUAUUGGAACUAUACGUGAAUCUUGGCGUUUUGAAAGAGAACAGCCCCACUUUUUGA